GUGUGUUUUACAAGGGUGGUGGUGAAAAACAAAAAGGAAAAAUUCAGGUUAUCAUUGGUGCUUAAUCAUAUUGUUGACGGCGGUGUUAGUCAACAUUAAUUGAGCCGUGAGAGCGACCUGAAUAGACGCCGCUUCCCCUUCUUUUGCCUUCCCUUUACGUGCUAUUCCUUGGUGCCGGCAACACGUGACUGCUGAUCCGCGUUAUCCCGGCGUUAUCGAGCUCUGGCAACCCUGGCAUACGUAGGCCGGAGCGCGGCAAGGUAUAUAAGGCGCGGCGAGGUCUCCAGCUUCACCAUUUGAUCGGUACUCCUUGCCUUUGCCUCAACUGUGCUCACGGAACUCCUGUCGCCUCUUAUCUCGCCAAACAAGAGUGUCGUGCCAGUGGAUAUUCGCCCCUGAGAGUUGUGAUCCAAGCCGUGAUUCAAGUGUCCACCAUGUCGUCUGGCAGGAAGGGCGACGGCGUGAGGAGCAUCACGUACCCCAGCAACGACAGCAGCACGAGGAGGAACAGAGCGCGCUUCUGCCUAACGAGGAUGAACAGCUUCGACUGCAGUUACGAAGACGCCGAGGUGCGGGAGGAGCGGCCCUCGAGGGAGAAGUCGCUGGAGGGGCGACUGCGGACACGUCACUUCCACAGUGCCUCCUCUUCGAACCCCGCAGUGCCAGGACAAAAGUGCCUCAGGUUCUCGGACGAGUGCUGGUGUGGCCCCGCCAUCGAACAGUACAAGGGAAUCUUGUCAAAAUCAAGACAGAGACAGCAGUUUGGUUUAAGAAGUAGCAGCAGCAGCAGUAGAAGCAGCAGUAGCAGCAGCAGCAGCGGCAGUAGCGGCAGUAGUAGCAGCAGUGUCAGCCCAAGCAUUAGCAGUAGCAGCAGCGGUAGCAGCACGUAUACCAGUUGUAGCUGUCACAGUAAUAACAGUACUGAGAGGCUCAUAGGCUGCCAGCGAGAAGUGACUGACAGAAUAAAUCGCAAGUCCAGCAUCAGCCAGAGUCCCAGCCCCCGCCACAAGCCAAGCAACACCAGACGGAGCGGACGCAGCCUUUCCCUGGCGGAGAGGAGGCAGCUGUGCUCAUCCUCCAGCCUCCCGACGUCCGCAGACACGGAAUCUACCACAAGCAGACCCUCCAACGCCUCCACCAACGCGUCAUCAGAAGGACGCCGACGGAGGUCACAGUUCAGGAGGGCGUGGUCGCUGUUUUCCCUCACCUGCGAUAAGGAGGUGGAGCGGGAGCGGAGGGAGAAGUCGCCGCAGCAGAAGAUUCUCAGGCCGCCGACUCGCUACUACUACCGCCGGGGCGUCUCGGGGCUGCCCAUCGAAUGCUCGUCGACGUACGUUGGUCUCGCGUACUGAAAAACACACAUACACCCAAGAAAGUGUACGUAAGAUUAUGCUGAGUUGUGAACAUGGUGUUGCGUUGUGUUGGUUGCACUUGAAACACUGAUUCAUGACCUUGUGAUUGUGAAACACAGAGGGACGUGAUACCCCAAUGUGAUAAAUUUCCUCUUCACACAAGGAAAGUGUCCAUAAGCUAUGAGAAGUCAUUUUAUAUUUAUAGAGGACGCAACAAGUGGCCUCCAACGCUUGAGCUUCCAUACAUAAAAAGAAGCGUCACUCUCGACUCUCUGUGGUCUUCUUAAGAGGCGCCAACUCUGGCAGCACUGACCACUUUGUUUACUUUGGUGAGACUCGCAGCUUCUCGAGACGAAAAAAAAUAACUUGUUUGAUGACCCUUUUUGUUGGUAAUGAAAAACAUGAUAAUUGCAAUGAUUGUUAAGUUGAUUUACAAUGUUUCUUAACGAGCUUAAGUCAUCAUUUGAUAUUUAUGGAGUGUUUGUAUCGAUGUCGCAUUUGUUAUCGACAUAUCCCACGAUGAGCAGAUUCAACGGUUAGUGUGACAUAUCGCCGCAAAAUGUUAUAAACACAAGGCAGGCUCUUACGUCUGCCUAAAAUAUUUUCGUAUUAAACUUUGAUUAAUAAAAUGUAAAAAAUAUAAAAAAUAUUGGAAUAUGUAUUUUAUCUCAUCUCCACAUGACAGUGGGGAU